UUGACGCGACAAAUUCAAGGUAAGGUGCCAUGGUGUAUGUUGUUCGCAGAUGACAUAGUCUUGAUUGACGAGACUCGUAGCGGAGUUAACUCUAAGCUAGAGGAUUGGAGACGGACGUUAGAGUCUAAAGGAUUCAAGUUGAGUAGGACCAAGACAGAGUACUUGGAGUGCAGGUUCAGUGUCGUACCUCAGGAGGCCGACGUGGAAGUGAAGCUUGGUACCCAGAAAGUGCCACCAAAACUUAAGGGCAAUUUCUAUAAAGUGGUGGUUAGACCGACUCUAUUGUAUGGGGCAGAGUGUUGGCCAGUCAAGAACUCUCACGUGCAGAAGAUGAAAGUCGCAGAAAUGAGAAUGCUGCAGUGGAUGUGUGAGCACACUAGGAGAGAUAAGAUCAGGAAUGAGGACAUCCGGGACAAGGUGGGAGUGGCAUCGGUGGAGGACAAGAUGCGGGAAGCGAGGCUGAAAUAG